AUGAGCGGACAACCGGGUAGCGCGGGCGGAGGAGGCACGGGCGGGGGAGGCAUAGGCGGAGGAGGUGUGGGCGAGGGAGGCGUGGGCGGAGGAGGCGUGGGCGGAGGAGGCGUGGGCGGAGGAGGCGUGGGCGGAGGAGGCGUGGGCGGAGGAGGCGUGGGCGGGGGAGGCGUGGGCGGGGGAGGCGUGGGCGGAGGAGGCGUGGGCGGAGGAGGCGUGGGCGGGGAGGCGUGGGGAGGCGUGGGCGGGGGAGGCGUGGGCGGAGGAGGCGUGGGCGGAGGAGGCGUGGGCGGAGGAGGCGUGGGCGGAGGAGGCGUGGGCGGAGGAGGCGUGGGCGGAGGAGGCGUGGGCGGAGGAGGCGUGGGCGGGGGAGGCGUGGGCGGAGGAGGCGUGGGCGGAGCAGGGGUGGGCGGAGGAGGGAUGGGCGGAGGAAGCGUGGGCGGAGGAGGCAUGAGCGGGGGAAUUUUGGGCGGAGGAGGCGUGGGCGGGGGAAUUUUGGGCGGAGGAGGGGUGGGCGGAGGAGGGAUGGGCGGAGGAAGCGUGGGCGGAGGAGGCGUGGGCGGAGGAGGCGUGGGCGGAGGAGGAGGUAUGGGUCGAGGAAGCGUGGGCGGAGGAAGCGUGGGCGGAGGAGGGGUGGGCGGAGGAGGGAUGGGAGGAAGCGUGAGCGGAGGAGACAUGGGCGGAGGAGGCAUGGGCGGAGGAGGCGUGGGCGCAGGAGGCAUGGGCGGAGGAGGCGUGGGCGGAGGAGGCGUGGGCGGAGGAGGCGUGGGCGGAGCAGGGGUGGGCGGGGGAGGCAUGGGCGGAGGAAGCGUGGGCGGAGGAGGUGUGGGCGGGGGAAUUUUGGGCGGAGGAGGCAUGGGCGGAGGAAUUUUGGGCGGAGGAAGCCUGGGCGUAGGAGGGGUGGACGGAGGAGGGAUGGGCGAAGAAAGCAUGAGCGGAGGAAGCGUGGGCGGAGGAGGUGUGGGCGGAGGAGGCGUGGGCGGAGGCAUGAGCGGAGAAGGCCUGGGCGGAGGAGGCAUGGGCGGAGGAGGCGGCAUGGGCGGAGGAGGCGUGGGCGGAGGAGGCGUGGGCGGAGGAGGAGGUAUGGGUGGAGGAAGCGUGGGUGGAGGAAGCGUGGGCGGAGGAGGCAUGGGCGGAAGAGGCAUGGGCGGAGGAGGCAUGGGCGGAGGAGGCGUGGGCGGAGGAGGCGUGUGCGGGGGAAUUUUGGGCGGAGGAGGCGUGGGCGGAGGAGGAGGUAUGGGCGGAGGAAGCGUGGGCGGAGGAAGCGUGGGUGGAGGAGGCAUGGGCGGAGGAGGCAUGGGCGGAGGAGGCAUGGGCGGAGGAGGCGUGGGCGGAGGAGGCGUGGGCGGGGGAAUUUUGGGCGGAGGAGGCGUGGGCGGGGGAAUUUUGGGCGGAGGAAUUUUGGGCGGAGGAGGCCCGGGCGGAGGAGGCCUGGGCGGAGGAAGCGUGGGCGGAGGAGGCAUGGGUGGAGGGGGCGUGGGCGGGGGAAUUUUGGCCGGAGGAGGCGUGGGCGGGGGAAUUUUGGGCGGAGGAGGAGGCAUGGGUGGAGGGGGCAUAGGCGGAGGAGGCAUGGGCGGAGGAGGCGUGGGCGGAGGAGGUAUGGGCGGAGGAAGCAUGGGUGGAGGAGGCAUGGGCGGAGGAGGCGUGGGCGGAGGAAGCGUGGGCGGGGGAAUUUUGGGUGGAGGAGGCGUGGGCGGGGGAAUUUUGGGCGGAGGAGGAGGCAUGGGCGGAGGAGGCGUGGGCGGAGGAGGCCUGGGCGGAGGGGGCAUGGGUGGGGGAGGCAUGGGUGGGGGAGGCAUGGGCGGCGGGUCAUCGGGUGGGAGUGCGUGUGGCAACAGCGGCAGCAGCAGGAGCGCCAAGCUCACGAGCAGCAAUGGCAAGAGGGUGAUGGCGAGCAACGGGUGUCCGAGGUACGAGUGGCGAGUUGGGGGCACGGUGAACACGCCAGUGCAGCAGACGCUCUCCUUCGCUGUGCCGCUCGCCCCCACACUCGCCGCCUCCGCCAUCCCCGUCUCCAUGGGCGGCUGCAAGAUGGGGCCCAUCGGCUUUGCCCUCAAUGGCGUGCCCUUCUACAGGUGGGCAGCAGGGGGAGCGGGAUGGCUGGCUCUUCAUUCUGGUGUUGCAUCCCCCCUCACUCGCCCCUCAUCCCCUUGUCUCACCCACCCUCCCCUCCUCCCCUCCUACCCUCCUGCCCCUCCUGCCCGCAGUGCAUGCGACGCGCUGGGGCAGGACGCGUUGAAGUAUGAGGGGCCCAGCUUCGACACGUGUGGGGGGCACCCGUCUCCCUUCGGCCAGUACCACUACCAUGUUGCGCCUGGUGUCGCCAACCCCUCUGCCAGUGGCGAGAUGGAUAGAAGUAGAGAGGCUGGAGAGCAGGGGGGAGUUGCUGGUGGAGGAGUGGGGACUCACCAACCAGCCAACCCUACGCUACCUACUUCUUCUACACCAUCUCCUACCGUGGAUCCUGUGAAAGCUUUCUCUAUUGAGAAAUUCAUGGGGGAGGACUAUGAGCACUGGAGUUUCCGCAUGAGGCUGAUGUAUACCCAAUACAAGCUAUUGGAUUUGGUGGAGGGGAAGGAGAAGAUGCCGGAGGCCGCGGAGCUGAAAGGAGCGUGGAUGAAGCGAUCGUUCGACGCGUACAUGCUCAUGCUGCCGGAGUCGUGGUCUGCCCUUGCGAUUAACCUCAACUCUCAACAGCCCCAGUGGAGCGUGGAUUACAUUCGCGCGCGCAUUCUAGAGGACUUGCGGCGGCGCAGUGUGGAGCGCUCGGAGGAGGGGGCUGGCUAUGGAGUUGGAGGUGGAAAGAGUGGCUUCAAGAAGAAGUGGAAGGGCAAAAACAAGGACAACCCUAAGGAGGAUGGCGGCGGGGGUCAAGGGGAGGUGUGCUUCUACUGCAAGAAGCGCGGACAUCGUUGGCGGAAAUGCUACCAACGACCCAAGGAUUGGACCCCGCCUUCAUCAAGCAACCAGCAUGGUGGCACGAGGAGUGGGGGAGUCAUGGGAGCUAGUGGAGAGGAGAAGGAUGAGGAGAAAGGCGGCAAAUCUGAGGAGCGGAAGGUCGGGUUCUUCUUCUUCGUGAACGAAGGCGCAACCGACCUCGCUAUGGCUGCCAAGCUGCACCUUGAGGAUCUCCCAGGGUCAGAGCUGAGUGACCACAGUGGCGAUGGUGAGCAGCAAGGCGCUGGUCCUGCUGCGGAGGAGGGGUUGGAGGAUGAGUCGGCACGUGUGGACUCACCAUCUCAGCCCGAGCCUGCUGCAAACGCCAAGGUCACCAAGAGGAGUGUGCAGAGAGGAGCUUCACCACAUGGGCAGCAGAUUGCAACCCGCGAGAAAAGAGUGGCAGCAACACCCUCAAGGCUGAAGUAUAGCCGUUUGGGAGGACCCAAGUAA